CACUCAUUUGCAUAAUAUGGGCAGAGCUUGUGCCUUCCCAAAAUAGGCGAGGAAGAAACGCUUUUCACAUUUUCACAGAUCGUUCAAAGCGUAUGGCAUUCAUUUUCCCAAUUUAAUGCUCAAACAUUAGAAUUAUUAUUUUGCGUAAAUAUACGUGUUUGUUAGUUUGCUAUUUAUUUGCAUUUCAGUGCUAGGGUUGCACUCGUCGCACGAGACUUUGACGGUUGCUAUGGCCGGUUCAGAGGGAAAUAAAUUAUGGGGUGGUCGAUUUGUAGGAAACAUCGACCCAAUAAUGGAAAAGUUCAAUGCUUCUAUAGCGUAUGACCAGCGCAUGUGGCAGGCUGAUAUUAAAGGAAGUAAAGCAUAUGUCAAAGCGUUACAAAAAGCAGGUUUGGUCACUGAAGACGAGAUGAAACAGAUCCUUACAGGCCUUGACAAGGUUUUCGAUGAAUGGUACAAAGGUGAUUUUAGAAUCAAAGAUGGAGAUGAGGAUAUUCACACUGCCAAUGAACGCAGACUGAAGGAGAUUAUUGGUGAUCCAGCUGGAAAGCUUCACACAGGCAGAAGCAGAAAUGAUCAGGUUGCAACGGAUAUGCGGCUAUGGCUUCGGGAUGCUAUUAUCACUCUGAAAAAACAAACUUUACAGCUUAUCAGCACUAUGGUGGAAAGAGCUGCUGUAGAGAUCGACAUCCUGUUUCCUGGAUACACUCACACACAGAGAGCCCAGCCGAUCAGAUGGAGUCACUGGAUCCUCAGUCAUGCAGUGGCACUAAGCAGGGAUGUGGAGCGUCUGGAGGAUAUCAGGAAGCGUACUAAUGUGAUGCCUCUAGGAAGCGGAGCCAUUGCUGGGAAUCCAUUCAACAUCGACAGAGAACUUCUCUGUAAAGAACUAGACUUUGAUGGGAUCAGUAUUAACAGCAUGGAUGCUACUGGACAGAGGGAUUUUGUAGCGGAGUUUCUCUUCUGGGGAUCAAUGUGUCUCACGCACCUCAGCAAGAUGGCAGAGGAUCUGAUUUUGUACAAUACCAAGGAGUUUUCCUUCAUUACACUGUCUGAUGCAUACAGCACAGGAAGCAGUCUGAUGCCUCAAAAGAAGAACGCAGACAGCCUGGAGCUCAUCCGAAGCAAAGCAGGACGAGUAUUUGGCAGAUGUGCAGGCUUUCUGAUGACUCUAAAAGGUUUACCCAGCUCAUACAACAAAGACCUACAGGAGGAUAAAGAGGCCAUGUUUGACAGCUUUGACACAGUACAUGCUGUGCUGCAGGUGACGACAGGUGUCAUUUCAACUCUAGAAGUAAACCAAAAGUCAAUGGAAGGGGCUCUCAGCCCAGACAUGCUGGCCACGGAUCUGGCUUACCAUCUGGUCAGAAAAGGAAUGCCAUUCAGAGAGGCCCACAGCUGUGCUGGAAAAGCCGUCUAUAUCGCAGAGACCAAAAAGGUCCCCUUGAAUCAACUCACUGUAGAGGACCUACAAACAGCCAGCCCUUUAUUUGAUGCUGACAUUUCUUCAGUGUGGGACUACAGCAGUAGCGUUGAACAGUACAGCGCCCCUGGUGGCACUGCGAAGAAUAGCGUCAUAGCUCAGAUUGAACACUUCAGAGCCUGGUUAAAAGCACAAAAACACUAACUACCGGUAGUUUCGAAUCACAUGUUCAGUAGAGUUUGUGCUCUUUUACCAAGUAUUAUUGAGAUCAUUUGAAACUUCUGUCUUGGACACCAUCUUGCACUGACAUCAGUCUUGCAUUUGUGCACAGUUUGCCUGACAUGUUUGUUUCAGGUUUAAUAAUAAAAUUACAGCCAUAUGAAA